UUGUCUAGAGAGGUGGAAAUUGACAGGUGUUGUAAAAAUAUACUCUUCACUUUACCAAACCCAAAUUACCUUAAAGAACAGAAUAGUGUGGAACCCGGAUUCAUCUUGCAAUGAUGUCCCUAUCUGAAAUACACGAAACCGACCAAAACCCGGAUUUCACCACAAACAAGCCGGACGAAACGGGGCUUACCAAGCCACAGAAAGUGGCUCUGUCUGGAGCUUGGCGCUUGAUGAAGAAAGACAUUGUGUCUCAUGGGAGGAAUAUUUUUGUCCGGUUUUUUGAAGAACAUCCGAAGUAUAUAAGUUAUUUCGACUUCUCACAAGACUCGGAAGCUACUGAUUUACAGGACAAUAAAUCGCUGCACGCUCAUGCGUUGAACAUGAUGAAUUUCAUUGGAGUAUUGAUCGAUUAUGGACUCGAAAAUCCCGUUAUGUACAAAUGCAGUUUAGCGAAGUUUGUCAAAAACCACCAAACGCACAACGUCACAAGAGAUGAUAUAAAAGUACUUUGUGACGUAAUUAUCGCGUAUUGCCUGCAGACAUUGGAUCAUCACCGUUCCAAAACGUUAGAUGCAGCGUUCGCAGCUUUCAUGGAAAGUUUGGUGGCCUCUUAUAAUUAAUCAGUUCUUCUGUAGAUAUACAUGG